AUGAGCAAACGCGGCGUCCAUCUACAGAGUGCCAAUAGAGAAGCAGCCAUCCAGGAUACAACUGUGCGUCACUGGAAGAAACGCUGGCUCACCCCUCAACCCAUCCAACCCGAUCCACCCACCACCACGACCCAUCCACACACUGGUGGUGGGUAUGGACAGCAAGCGAUUGAACAAGUCACCGUCAAACCCCUUGCCUUCAAAGUCUUUCGAUGGAUCAGCGUCGAUGACUUACCGGCCGCUGCACAAUUCGAACGAGCUGUGCGCGCAGUGGAUGAGACCCGGAACAGUGACACGCAGCAGGUUGUGGAAGAGGAGAGUGAGGAUUUGUCGGGUGUGCAUCGUGAAGAUGUCUGGCUUGAGGAUGUCAGUAGCGUCAAUGUCCUGCGUCGACACUUGGAAGCGGAAUCACCCAACGUACCAACAAUUGCUGAACCCAUUCUUUUAGAUGCACAGGAAAUGAUUGAGCAUGCGCCUAGCGACGUACAGCAGCAAGAAGCGGUUGUGGACGCAGAUGCAGAGAUGGUCGAUGCCAGUGCCGCUAUUGCAGACAACACCCUCGUCCCCGUGACACAACCAGCACCGGCAGACGAACAAGGUCCUUCGGCUAUUGCAGCGCCUGACCAGACACCUGUACAAGUGGACGUUGCAGCUGGUAGUGAGCUUGCAGAACCAGUCGCUGCAGCGGCACAAGUCGCUGCUGGUCUAGCACCCGUUGCUGAUCCUAUCAAACCAGCAGACAUGGAUGCAGUGGAUGCGAGUAUCCCAGCAGCAACACCCGUUGACGGCUCAGCAUCCGUUCAUGCAGCCUAA